UCGGACCGCAUUUGUCUUUUUACUCUCGUCUCUGCAGCAGCUAUGAAGUGGCUCGUCUGUUUCUUACUGCUAAGCUUGUCAUUUCAAAGCACACAGUCAAUUUCUACAGAACUUAGGCAGACUAGGCAAUCUGAACAAUCCGCUUCUGAACGAAAUCAAGAUUUACCUACGAAAGUAGAGGUUUUCACAUCCCCAUCACUAGUAGAAGUUGAAGAGGGAGAGCCAGCACUGAUACAAUGCAUCGCUCGCGGAUUAUCCGAUCCAUUGUUCACUUGGUUCGGACCUGACAGGAAGACUCCAGUUUCCUCCACCGCUAAUGUGGCAAUCACACCUAACGGCAGAUUGCGCAUUUCCGCUGUAGAGAAGAAGCAUAUCGGAUUAUAUUCUUGCAAAGUUGUCAGCUCAUCUGCAAACGUGUCUGUUAGAGCACAAAUAAAGAUUAUCGUAAAGUGCAAGGAUGUUUUACCAAAAAUCAUUGUUCAGCCCAAAAAUAUGUCAUUCUUUAUCAACGAAAACGAGCCAUUUGAGGAUUCACCUUGUACUAACUAUCUUUCAUUGUUGAAGCGGAAAAGAUUUACAAAGAUUGCAGUGCGUGCUGCUGAUCGAUACAGAAACAAUCAAGACUGGGCUAGACGUCUCAACGCAAUUCAAGUAUUGGAAAGUCUGAACGUCAUCAAGUUGUCUACUCUGUUAAGCCCACAAGAUUUAUCAAAAGUUUUAGACAGUAUGUCAGAAUUACAACAAGCAGUCAACAACAAAAGUCUUUCUACAGCUAAUUUGCUGAUCGAUGCUUCAAGUCUUCCUUCAAAGUCACUAGUCCACCGUUCUGCAGCCAUUCUUACAGCCGUCAAAGUAAUGAAUGCAACUAGUCGCAAGGGACUGUUCUUACCUGCAUCCAACAAAUGCCCGCCAUCUUAUAGACAAUUGCUUAUUCCAUGUGAAGCAGAUAGAGGAACAAUUGUUUUCUAUUACAAUGGAACACUUGUUAGCAGAGAUCACCCACGAUUUCUCUACAACAAACAUGGACUACAAUUACUGAGAACGUUGCGUGCUCUUGCUGGAAACUACACUUGCGUUGCUGUAAACGGUUGUGCAAGACAAUCAACUUCUGCACUUAUUGAAAUAUCUCGCUAUUAUUAUCGUCAGGGCAUUGCUAAUCGCAGCUUUACCAAUAUGGUGAUGUACGGUAAGCAUAAAAGUGUUCAUUUUGCAAAUAUUUUUGCAACGACGUCAACAUUUUCCAAUGUCACUUCAUCAUACUCUAUUACUUUGAAGAACGUGUCUACAAACAAAAUGGCAUUGUCGAAUGUUAGCUCAGGCAACAUUUUCUUAUUCUACUUGUCUGCAAGAAACAUAACGAUUUCCCAAGUCAGUGCACACUAUAUGAGUCUAUCUAACUCGUCUGCUACUAAAAUGGCUUUGUUCAAUGUCAGUGCACCGUUUGUAAAGCUAGUUAACUCGUCUGCAGUUAACAUGACUUUAUCAAAUGUUAGUUCAAACUCUUUAGAUCUAGUUAAUUCGUCUUCAAGUAACCUGACUUUGUUCAAUAUCUUUUCAAAAUACAUGAAUUUAGUCAACUUCUCUGCAGUCAACAUGAAUUUGUUCAAUUCCAGUGUAGACAUUUUAGAUUCAGCCAACUUGUCUGCGGUCAACAUGAAUUUGAUGAAUGUUAGAUCACCUUAUAUGGGUUUUGUCAACUUGUCUGCAGUCAACGUGACUUUGUUCAACGUGUCUUCAAGCGUCUUGGAUAUAGUCAACGUGUCUGCAGUCAACAUGAAUUUGUUCAAUUUUUUCAGUUUACAAUCGGGGAAUCUAGCCAACUGGUCUGCAACCGACAUAAAUCUGCUUAAUUUCCGUAUAUGGUCUUUGGAUAUAGCCAACUUUUCUGCAGUCAACAUGAGCUUGCUUAAUUUCCGUUCAAACGUUAUGGAUCUAUCCAACUUGUCUGCAGUCCACUUGAAUUUGUCUAAUUUCCGUUCAGGAAUGCUGAAUCUCACCAAUUUGUCUGCAGACAACAUGAAUUUGUUCAAUUUCAGUUCAAAACAUAUGGAUAUAGGUAACUUGUCUGCAGUCAACAUGAAUUUGUUUGAUUUCCAUUCAGAAGUGAUGGAUCUAGUUGACUUGUCUGCAAUCAAUAUGACUGGCAGCUUCCCUACGUCCAGAACCUUGUCAUUCAAGAAUGUCAAUAUCACGUCUCUUGUCAUUCUCAACAGUUCUCGACUGUCAAAAAUAUCAUUCAUAAACAGCACUGUCACUAACCUUGAUCUGAAGAAGAAUAAAAUCAAACCAAUCAUCUCUACUGAUUCCAGCUCUCGUGUGAACACUGGACUGUAAAUGUAUACACAAUGCAUUCAAAACACUUAGUAUGUCUGUUCAUUAGCUAAUUCACUUGUGAAAACACUUGGAGCAAUAUAUAUCGAAGAAUACAAUAUAGUGUCACAACUUGUGUAUUUGCA